UGCCACUGCUGCUUCUCUCCUCAGCGACUGCACCUCGUCGGCGCGGCGCGAGCAGAAGCGGGAGCAGUACCGCCAGGUCCGGGAGCACGUGCGGAACGACGACGGGCGCCUGCAGGCCUGCGGCUGGAGCCUGCCAGCCAAGUACAAGCAGCUGAGUCCCAAUGGUGGUCAGGAGGACACUCGUAUGAAAAACGUCCCUGUGCCUGUCUAUUGCCGCCCACUAGUAGAGAAGGACCCGACCAUGAAGCUGUGGUGUGCAGCUGGAGUCAAUCUCACAGGAUGGAGGCCUUUGGAGCAGGAGCCUGGGAAUGGGCAGAAACUGGACCCUGGUCGUGACCCCCUCACCUGUGAUAGGGAAGCAGAAGGGGAGAACAACAAAAGUAACCACACAUCUCCU